CGUUGUAGCUUCAUUCAAUAACUUCUGAAAUUAGUCGUAUUAUAAUGGCUGGUUGUGUGUUUGUUAUUAUUAAAAUCCGGCUUGCUAUUUGCAUGUCUGGUGAUAUUUAAGUGACCUAUCUGCUUAUUUGUGACAGGAAAAGUGUUAAUUGAACAUGGCUAAAGUCGAGCCGCCUAUGUUCAUAUUGCCGAAGAAACGUAACGGCAAGAAACAGAAUACAAUAGCCAGCCAUGUCGACCACAUAAUUACUGUACAGGGUGCAGCUGAUGAACCGCAAACCAAAUACAAGAAUGGUUUGUCACCAGUAUCUGAGCAUGUGAAUGGGAUCAUACACUCAACCAUGGAGGGGUUGAAAUCCAACAUGAAAAUCAACCUUCCAAUCAUCAAUGAUGUUACUGAUGAAGACUUCAAUGACUGUAAUGGAGACUCUGACCCACAAAAGAUCCAGAAAAACGGAUAUCAGGCUUUGUCCACUUUAAACAACAGCCGCGAGAUAAUAGAUUUGUCUCCGAUAUAUGAAAACUCAUCUGAUGCCUGCUCUAGUCAUGGAGACUUGAGAGAUGGGAAUGACAGUGACAUACAGAAGAGUCUUAAAGUUCUGAACUCAGACCAGAAUGAAAGCUCCUCAGCCACUCCAAAUAGCUUGUCCCAAACACAAUCUGAGAACAGCUUUGAAAUGGGCAACAUGACUGAUAGCCUUAAGAACAGUGCCAAAAGGAAAAAACGAGUCAAUAUUGUCCCUGGGAUCAUGGAGUCUGAAAACACAGACACUGAAAUAACUGCUCUACGCAUGGAAUCAGAGGGUUCAAUUUCCCCUGAAUGCUCUUUGACUGAUAACUCUAGAGAUGGGUACUUGACUAUGACGGGAACAAUAAAGAGAGGAAAAAAGAAGGGGCAGAAUGUUGAUGUCAAACUCAAUAUAUCACGAGAGGAGCUGGAGAUUAUUGAGGCUGCAAUUGUAGCUGAAGAGUACAACAAGAUGGACAUCUCUAAAUGCUCACUGUACAACGGUCCACACAUAUUCCUCUUCAGUCUGAUCUGCAUACCGUUUGUUGCAUGUAUCUCAGCUUUGUACUCCUUCUAUAUGGGGACAAUGGCUUGGUACAAUGUCUUUUCUCAUGUAACUGAGAACUUCAACUGGAUUAAGAAGGCAGUGCUGGCUCCAAUCGUGAUUUUGGCCUACCCGUUUUUGAUAGUAAUUUUUACUAUGGGGUUAGGGCUGUAUGCUGGUAUAGUGCAGCUUACGUUCAGUGCUGCCAACUGGUGGAAGGAUGUGUGCGAUUUUGAGAAAGGGUUCUACGGCUGGCUCUGUAACACACUGGGUAUGUCUGAAUGCAGUCCCUAA